GUACUUUAUGCUUUUGUGAUGACGCAAUGGAUUGCGGCCUCAAGUGGGCGCUUUUCAAUACUAAAACGACAUUCGCACCCACUUGUGAGGCUGCAAAUAGCGCGGCAGCAGAAUCGAAACCAAGAGCGAUAUCAACAGCAACAGCGUCCCUUACGGCUACAGCUGAAGCAGAAACACCAACAACUACAAUUAAUUUACGAGAAAAGCCAAAAAUUGGCAGAACUACGCAAGUAUCCCUUCGCCAUUGGCACAUUUUGGAUAUCCAGAAAAUAAACGCAUUUGCCACCGCAAAAGCUACCACUACCAACACCAUCCCCACCACUAGCCUAGGUGGGUUCACGAGAGUUUCGGUGGCGCGCAGACGUUGUGGCCACGGAUGUGCCACCAGAUUCACUCAAUUCACGCUUGCGGCGAAGAAGCAGGCGAUUCUAACAUAACCUCCCUCCUAGCAUCAGCAAAAAGUCGAAGAGGAGGAGAGCUACAUAGAGCCUAAGAAAUAACAAUAACGGAAAACGGGUACAACGACAAAUGCUGUUUUAGGCGAAAUAAAUAUUUACGCGAAUAACGGGAACAACACACCUAAGAAAAUGAAACAUUCAAAUAUUUUUAUACACAAAGACAUGAUGGAAUUCGGCUAAGAGGAUUUUGUUGCACUGAAAGCCAAAAUCGAAAGCAAAAAACAGCUAAUAGAAACUAUAAGAAUACAAAAAAAAAAAAACAAAAACCCAACAAAAUAUAACAAAACAUUACCAACCUAAACUAUUCUCUUGUCUUGCGCGAACUCAAUUUAAUUUCUGUCACGAAUUGAUUCGCCGCCUUACUACGUCUCGUCUUGACUUAAUUCAAUUCAACUAAAUCAAUUCGACUCUACUUGAGCUGUAGCUGCGACGACUCAGGCUGCUGCAGUUUUGACGCCAAGUGAAAAUUGAAUAGCAACGAACACCACCGCCGUCACUACAAUUUCGUCCUGUCUCUUCAUAACGUCGCGCUCGUUGCAGUACACCUGAAAUCUAGCAGACCAGCGAUUUGCGCUAACUAAACGUCGGCCCUUGUGAAUCAAGCCAACAAAAUAAAUUCCCAAACGAGGCAGACGUUUUCGUGCAAAUUGUGCCAAUCAAGGCGCAAUUGUUCAUUUGUGCUGUGGCCAUGGAGCCUCCUGGCGGGUUGCCGCCGGACAGAGAUAGACAACUAGUGCUGCGCCCACAGCAGCAGCAGCAACAGCUGGUGCCUUUGUUGCCGCAAGUGAAGCCGACUCUAGCACUAAAUAUACAGCAGCAGCAGGAAGCACCAACGACCAUUGCCACAUCGCCAGCUGCGGCUGCAACGCACGCUAGCUCAUCUGCUGCAACGAACGCCUCUGCAAAUGCGCCAUCGAUCAACACCACUAACGCACUUGUGCUCGUGACUAGCAGUGAUGUUGUUUGUGUAACUGCUGCAUCCAAUAGUACUGCCGCAACAAGCACCGGCCCUGCACUGGCGUCCGCAGCCAUAGCGAUAUCGGGCACCACUCAGGCGGCUACUGCGUUCAGCGGCAGUGCAGUGGGUGUGCAGAAUCAUCCUCACCACCACCAUCAGCCCCAUCAUCAGCAUUCGACGCAGCACCAGCCUCACCUUCAACAUCCCCAUCACACGCACCACUUACCACAUCAGCAGUCACAGCCCUAUGGUGGCCAUAAUUCAUCAUCCACCUCGUCGUUACUGGGUGGCAUCUCGAGCGGCAGUAGCAGCACUUCGGGUAGUGGACAGCAACAAACUAUCGAGAAGCUGUCGCGGCCAAUGGCAUUCGAUAAGAUGGAGACGUUAGUGCGCGCCAUGCAGAACUCUGGAAAACCCGUGCCGGUGCGUCAGCAGAAAAUAUUUCUCAGCAAUAUUCCAUCUGCGUUUAUGGGCUAUGAUCUUAUCGAGUGGCUAAUGGAUCGCUUGCUGAUCGAGGAAUCCGAGGCGUUGAGCAUAGCCAAUCAACUUUGCUUGCAUGGCUAUUUCUUUCCUGUCAACGACACCAAAACGCUCACUGUUAAGGAUGAUUCGUCGCUGUAUCGCUUUCAGACGCCAUACUACUGGCCGUGGCAGCACAAGGCACCCGACAAUGUAGAGUACGCCAUUUAUUUAGCCAAGCGCUCACUGCGCAAUAAGCAACGUCAUGCUUUGGAGGACUAUGAGGCCGAAGCUUUGGCAUCGCUACAUAAGAGUCUAAAAGGCAAAUGGGACUUCAUCUCGAUGCAGGCAGAGGAGCAGGUACGGCUGGCGAAGGAGCGUAAAAAGGGUGACAAGAUUGUCGGUGACUCACAAGAACGCGCUUACUGGCGUGUACACCGUCCACCGCCCGGCCAAUUUACGCCUUUAGAACCAUGCCCCAUACCGUCGCGUGACCGCCAGGGCUCGAAGCCUAAUAAAAAGAAAACUAUCGACGAUGUGCAGCGCGAAGUAGACUAUCUCCGCAAAUCGCUCAACCGCACGCGCAUGAAAAUGUCACAGGCCUGCGAGUCACUGGUCGCUUAUUCAGAGACGUUCGCCGAGUAUGACUUCUUUUUGCAGCCAGUAUUGCCAUCGAACCCAUGGGUGACGGAGGACAUCACCUUUUGGCAGCUAAACAACACCUUCGUCGACAUACCUACGGAGAAGCGUGUCAAGCGUUGGGCCAUUUCCAUCGAGGAACUAGUUUCUGAUCCAACCGGCCUGCAGGAGUUCACAAGCUUUCUGGAAAAGGAGUACUCACACGAAAAUAUUCGUUUCUGGAUAGCAGUGAAUCGGUUGCGGCGUUCAGCGCACUCUCAGGUGCCACACAAGGUCAACGAAAUUUAUGAGGAAUUUCUGAAGCCGGGCGCACCAUGCGAAAUUAAUAUUGACGGUAAAACGAUGGAGAGCGUGCUGAAGGGUCUCAAAAAUCCAUCUCGUUUCACAUUCGACUCCGCCUCGGAGCAUAUCUAUACGCUGCUUCUCAAGAAGGACUGCUACCCCCGUUUUAUACGCUCCGACCACUACAAGCGCCUGCUGGAGUCCGGCAUACAGCCGUCGCACAAGAAACGCUUCUUUAACUUUGGCGGCGUCGGCGGUGCGAAAAAGAAGAUGACUGCAGCGCUAUCUAGCCAACCGAAUCUUGGUGACGCGGCGACUGCGAAGAGUGUUAGCGGAGUCGGCGUUUCAAUGAUGCAGGCACCUCCGCCCGGCCAUUUGGCACGACGGCGCGGCAGCGAUCGUAGCCUCACCGGCUCCGCGCAUGAGUUGGCUGUGAUUGGCGUGAACAAGGAUAUUACAUCCAAAGUGCCGCACUCGCACUCGCAGAGCAACUUGAGUGAGAUUCCGUACAGUUGUGAGUCCAUUUACAGGGGGGACAUGCCGCAACUCCAGGUCACAGAAAUCACAACACAAGCUGCUCCGUUCGGAAAGCGCGAGAAUCGUGAGAGUAGCUUACGCUCCCAUCAAGAGACAUCUAAACCGAAAGCAGCCCGCCUGGAGACCACCGUCGAAUCGUCCAGUAGUGCAGUGUGCCCCUGGGAUAUACCUGAUGAGCCACCUGAAGCGCACGCACCCACACUGCUUCAGAUAUCGCAAGUUAAGUUGUCGGUGUGCCCUUGGGAGCAGGAAAGCGAACCUGUCGUCAUUAGCAGUAACGCAGCCAAAUCGGCUACACAGCGUCUCACCAGCACUUCUUCGGAUAUCACCGAUGUUUCGGAUCGCAUGCAGCGCAACUUGGGUAUACGCCAUCAGAAUACCGUCGAUAGCGGCGAGGCGAGUAAACGUCUUAUACCGAACUUCACUGAACAACGAAGAGCUUCAAUGUCCUUCACACCAUCUCGUCUAUCAGAGUAUCAAUUCGGACAGACGUCCGUGUCUGCGAAGACCUCAUCUGCCCCAUCGCCCACUGUGGGCUGCCAAAGUGUUGUGGACGCCACACUCCCAACACCAACUCCACCGCUCUUCACACAAAGCAUAGCCACCAUGGCUGCAGUAACGGCGAUUAGUAGUUCCUCCGGCACGAUUACAAAAGAUCCACCUUCCACAUCGGAUGCGGAAGUCGAGGAGGAGCUCAAUAAGCUGGCGAUAUCGCAACGCAACAGCGAAUCAUCGGCAUCCGAAAUGUCUGUGCUACCACCUCCGACCCCAACACCGCCACCCCUUACUAAGGUGACACCACCACCCCCAGAUGAUAGCGUCUGCACUUACUAUCAGCAGGUCGAGAUAGUAUCGUGCGAGAGUUCGCAAAGCGAUCUGUUGUGUGGCGCCGAAGGAAGUGGCGGCAGUGACAAUGGCAGCAUAAUCAUAUCCGAAACUGAGGUGGAGGUGCCCGUGCAGGAAGUGCAAAUAGAGCUAAUUGAAUGCUUCGACUUUCAAGAAGAAAAUAAUCCACAGUUGCCAACACCAACAAUACAAAUUGAACUGGAGAUGGAUGCGCCAGCUGCAGCUGAUGUACACGAAGCGCUGAGAAAAACUGAGGUCCCAAAGGACGAAGCACGCGCAACGCCAACGCCAAGUCGUGAUAAUUCCGUGCCAGAAACACCAGAAAUUGAAGAGCAGCAGUCGUCAGCUGCUAGCACUCCAGAACCACAAACAUCGCCACAAAUACACACAUCCAUGUCUUCGGGUGCACUGCCAAUGGCCGCGUCAACGGUACCGCCACCACCACCACCCAUCGGUCCUAUGGAGGAGGAAGAACAACUGCGCAUAGAAGAGGAAAUCGCAGCUGCACAAGAAACACAAGAAGAGCUGUCACCCACGACUGAUGAGUACCAAGAGGGCCUGCAAUUCGACACCGAUGGCAAGGAGGACUACGAUUACGACAUCGUAGAUACAGAUACACAAGCUGGCUAUAUACCGCCGGCUCCUACGCCGGCACCAUCUAUGGCACCACUAGCUGAAAUGGACAUAGACACCGUGGACGAUGAGCCAUGUGAAGAGCCGGAGUUAAUGCUUGAGGUGACUGAAUUACCAACAACACCGACACCAGCCAUCGAUGCAGUCGAAAUGAUGCCUGCGCUUGUUGAAACUGCAGCACCAGCAAACACAGAAGAAGUGAAAAAGCGACGGAAGAAGCGUGGCAUGGAUAGCAAAAAAAUACACUCCGUCGAUGAAAAAGAGAAGGCAAGUACGUCGGCAGGUGGCACAACGGAUGCGAGUGGUGGCACAAAGUCCGAAGCUGACCGCAAUGCGGUGUGUCCAUGGGAGGAUGAAAACAUAACCACCAGUGAUGGAACCUUUGUAAAGACCUACGCAACGCUCGGAUAUUUAUGAAUAAAACAGAAUCUUUUCAAAUCUAUGGUCAGCAAAAUACUGAAGAAGAAGAAAAAUCAAAAGAAAUGACACUUGUUUGCAUCACAAAGUUACACACAAACUCAUGAACACCCACACAUACACACAUACAUACGUAUGUAGAAAUUGAUUAAUGCCCUGCAGGGAAAUUUACUGAUUCCAAACUAUGGUGUAACUGGUUACAAACUGGUACCAGCUGGUGCAUUUUUAGGCAAUUCCUAGUUCUAGGAAGACUAGAGUAGACUGUAAGCGUACUUUAUAUGGGGUUUACUUUCAAUUGAACCGCGAAAAAAUACAUAAAAGAAAAUGUUUUAAUAAACAAAAAUUAUCAGACAUGAAAGAGUUGAAUGCUUCUUAUGGCAGCCUGCUAUUGAGUUAUUUAGAACCAAAAAGGGAGUUAUUACCGUUCGUCAAAUAACACUUCAAUAUUUGUGAAGCCGAAAAUAUCACUUUAGGUUAAUAUUUAUUUACUAGUUUAAUUAAUUUAGUUUUAUUAAUAAUAAUUAUUUAUUAGAUUUUGGAAUAAUGAACUCCAGAAGAGAAAGCUACUUCUGUUUUUUUCUCCUCUGUGCAUAUACAUACAUACGUACAUCUCUCUAAAGCGAAAUCCUUAUAAAAACUCUUUGAAAAUUUCUCUCUCUUCUUGUAGUUUUCCUGCAGGUCGCAUUUAAGCACACACUUACACAUUCACAUUACAUUCAUAAUUCUACAAUGUCUUGCGAAGAAUUGGCCAUUUAAAAAAUUGUUCUAGAAUAACUACAAUACUAAAUACCCAUACAUGGUUAUAUGGAAAUCUCGAACACGUCACACCAAAAAGGUGCCCUUUAGAAACGUAAAAUGCAUGCAAUCAGGAAGUGAGUGAAAAGUUGAACUCAUUGCCUAACUAGUACGCCACUCCAAGUGAAUUGUUUGUUGCUGAAAAAUAGUUUUUAAUAAAAGAAUACGUGAAUACAUGCGUGGUGAAAGAAAGAAAGAGGGGAAGUUAAGGUAGAGAUCGCUGAAGAGUACUUACACACUGUAACUAUUACUUAGUAUUUAGAAACUUUAGCAACAUUUUGUGACUUAAGGCAAAAAACGCAUAACUAGAGAGGGUCUUACGCCAUAAAAUACACAUACAUACCAACACAUUAUUGAAUUACAUGCAUACAUAUUUACGCACGUAAAUUACUGGUUACCUUAAUGCUGCUGUAAGUUUUUUUGUAGUUAGCUGCGAAGGGAAAACGUAAGAGAAAAAGGGGAGAAAAAUAGCUGCUAAUAUUGCAAAAGCUAUGCUUUGCUUGAUUGAAAAGGCGAGAAAAUGCUUAAGGAAUGAAGAAUGAACUUGGAGAUUAAAUGAGGGAAGUGGUUUUGUUGCUUAAAGAGGAAGUUGCUAAAAAGAAGAGGAAGAAAAAGAAGCAUAAAAGAGGAAACAUGCAAGUAAAACAUUUCAAAAAUAAGUUGUGCUGAGAAGAAAAAUAUUCGGAAAGUGAAUGCUUUUAUUUUUAUUUUGCCAUAAGCAAGAAUGCACUAAUAAGAAAUAAAACCAAAACUAUGUACAACUUCCA